AUGGCGCCGGCGGGCCCGUGCGCGGCUGCGGCCCCUGGGCCGCACGGGUGGCGGUGGACAGCGCCCCGUCCCGCAGGUGCCCGGCCCUGCUGCACGUGGCGGCGGGAGGUGGAGCUGCUCUCCGAUGUGGCCUAUUUCGUGCUCACCACGCUCUCAGGGUACCAGACUCUGGGCGAGGAGUAUGUGAACAUCAUUCAGGUGGACCCCAGCAGGAAGAAAGUGCCCUCUCUGCUCCGCCGGGCCGCCUUCAUCUCCCUGCACACCGUGGUGCCCUACUGCCUGGAGAAGGCCCUGCUGCACCUGGAGCACGAGCUGCAGGAGGAGGGUGAGGAGUCCCGGAGCCCCGGGAGCAGCCCAGCACCGGCACUGCCCAGCAGGACCUUCCUGCGCAGCUGGAUCCGCAGGCGGCUGGGGCAGCUCCCGGAGCAGCAGAGGAAAACGGCCUCCCAAGCUGUGUAUGUCCUGAAACAAUCCAUCCCCCUGCUGCACCGGCUCCACCUGGCGCUGUUCUACAUCCACGGCACCUUCUACCACCUCUCGAAAAGGGUCGCGGGCAUCUCGUAUCUGCAUUUUGGAGGACUGCAGGGAGAAGAUCAGAGUGUCCGGACAAGUUACAAGUUCCUUGGAAUAAUCUCCCUCUUCCAUCUCCUGCUGACCAUUGGAGUUCAGGUGUACAGCUUCAAACAGAGGCAGAGGGCGAGGCAGGAGUGGAAGCUGCACCGCAACCUCGCCCACCAGAAGAACACGAGCAAGGACAAGGCUCCUGGGCGCCAGUCCCGCUGCACCCUGUGCUUGGAGGAGCGGAGGCACAGCACAGCCACCCCCUGUGGGCACCUCUUCUGCUGGGAGUGCAUCACUGCCUGGUGCAACACCAGGGCAGAGUGCCCACUGUGCAGAGAGAAGUUCCAUCCCCAGAAGCUGAUCUACCUACGGCACUACCAGCUGUGAAGGACAAACCCAUCCUGGGCCCUGGCAGGGCCUCAGCUCCCACUCUGGACUUGCCACACAGCCCCAGCUGGGCCAAGGAAAGGCUUCAAGGACCUGGAAAUGCCCAUGGCAAGGUGGCACUUCAGUCCUGGGUUGCAAAUAAAGCCCUCUCUGCCUCUAGCCUUGUCUCUUUGGAUAUGGUUCCUGACCAUAUAAAAAUGUGUUUCUAAAAAGUGUUGUUAACACUCAGCUGUUCAGAAGGAGUCAUCCCAGUUGGGAAUUUUAAUACUAAUAAAUGUCCUGGUUUUCUCCCU